UGUCAAAUUGACAAGUGACAACUUUUAAGGUUAUAUAUAUUUUACGAUAAAGCUAAAUUAAAUCAUCUGAAUCUCUAGAUAAAAUAUAUUUUUACGGACUUUAAACAUUAUUUACAAUGGCUAACUCAGGAAAAGGCACUUUCCGACCGGAUUCCGACGUUCAUAUUUCUUUCGAAGACCAACAAAAAAUUAACAAGUUUGCCCGGCUCAACGCCAAAGUGGACGACUUGAAGGAUGAAUUAAAGGUAAAACAAAACGAUAUGAAAAACCUCGAGGAAGCCGUUGAAGAGUUGAGUCUUGCUGAUGAUUCUGAGAAAAUCCCAUACCUGGUUGGAGAAGUGUUUCUAUGUCAAAACUUAGAAGACACUUUAAAAUCAUUAGAAGAAAGCAAAACAAAAAAACAAGAUGAAAUAAGUGAUUUAGAAGCCAAAUGUGAAGAAUUGAAGGCACAAAUGAGUGAACUCAAAGCCCAUUUGUAUGGCAAAUUUGGCAGCCACAUUAAUUUGGAGAAUGAAGAGGAUUAAUAAUUUUUGAGUAACAUUCUAAUUUGAAUAAGCAUUUGAAUUGAAUAACUAUCUAACUCAGGUUAUGCUACAAGUAUUUAUUUACAGCAGACAUGUAAUAAUAAUGAAUAAUACCUAUUAGUUUCAUGACAUUGUUUUUUGUAGUAA